CUUUCUCUCUCUAUCGCUCGCUUUCAAUCUGCCAUUACUUAUCCUUUUGUCCACUCCCCUCGGGUUAAUUCUUCACCAAGAAAUUACCUCUCCCUACCUCGUUGUCGUCGUCCUCCUCCCUGGUGCUCGUCGCCGUAUAUAAGCACCAAUUUGUUUUAGUGCCUGUCAAAAUUCAGACAGCCCGCAGAAGCAGUUCUUGCUGUUCUUGUCCAGGCAGCGUCCUCUUGUUCUUGCCACAAUCGCCAUGGGUGUCUUCGGCUCGUCGGCGAAGGUGUACCAGCCGGCGGCGGAGGUUGACCUCGGCCCCGGCAGCGGUGAGCUCUACAUCAGCCCCAAUGUCAAAGCUCCUCGGGUCGCCGGUCUUCUGGUGAAGAUCUUCGUAUGGGUCCUAGAACUGCCUAUCGUCGGAUGGGUCUUGCUUUACAUCCUCAAGAAGGAUAACCUCAUCAACAAGCUUGUCUCCGAGGCCGAGAUCCCUGAAACUCCACUGUUCACUGCAACGCACAGCUGGGAAGACACCCCAGAGCAGAAUGUCAGCCUGACGAAGCCCGAUUUGUCGCCUGCUGAGCGCGUGCAGGAGGCCGUCAGCUGCCUCCCCGAGCGCCUCGAGUCGACGCUCGCCACCGACGGCCUGAAACGCUGGACGAUCAGGGACUUCUCCAAUGCCUACAGCUCUGGAGAGAUCACACCUGUUCAGGUGGCCAAGAGGUUCCUGGCUGCAGUGAAGGAGUCCUCAGGCCCUACCCUGAACAUGGGCUUCUUCAUAAGCUGCGACCCUGAGGACAUCAUGAAGCAGGCUGAAGAGUCUACCCUCAGAUACCAGAGAGGGGCACCGUUGUCUGCGCUGGACGGCGUGCUGGUGGGAGUGAAAGACGAGAUCGACUGCCUGCCCUACCCCACGACCGGCGGCACGCGGUGGCUGGGCAAGGCGAGGCCGUGCGAGGCGGACGCGGCGUGCGUGGCGCAGCUGCGCGCGUGCGGCGCCGUCCUCGCCGGCAAGACCAACAUGCACGAGCUCGGCGCCGGCACCAGCGGCAUCAACCCGCACCACGGGUCGGCGAGGAACCCCUACAACGUCGGCAGGGUCGCCGGCGGAUCCUCCAGCGGCUCCGCCGCCGUGGUCUGCGCGGGGCUCUGCCCCGUAGCCCUCGGCGUCGACGGAGGUGGCUCCGUCCGGAUGCCGGCGGCGCUGUGCGGCGUGGUCGGCUUCAAGCCCACCGCCGGACGGCUCUCCAGCGCCGGGGUUCUUCCGUUGAAUUGGACGGUCGGGAUGGCAGGGAUCUUGGCAGGGACGGUGGAGGAUGCUGCCAUCGCUUACUCAGCUAUCGCUGACCAGUCCCAGCCAUCCUACCUGAGGCCUGAGCUGAAUCUGCCUUUGCUGACAUCUACUCCCUCAAUUAGCAACGUCAAGCUAGCAAAAUCUGCAAAAUGGUUUAACGACAGUUCAGACGACAUCAGGGCCUGCUGUGACAAAGCUCUUCAGACUCUCAACACACAGUACGGUUGGGAGACCCUGGAGGUGACGGUCCCUGAGAUUGAAGAAAUGCGGCUCGCGCACUAUGUGACCAUCGGUUCGGAGUGCACUGCUUCCCUCUCCAAGUAUCUCGACAAACUGAAGAGGUCCGAGAUCGGGUGGGACGUGAGAGUUGCGCUGGGUGUCUAUGGUUCAUUCAGCAGCAGAGCUUACCUCAACUCACAACGACUCCGGAACCGUCAGAUGUUCUUCCACAAACAAAUCUUCAAGACAGCAGAUGUCAUCGUUUCACCAAUGACCGGUGUGACUGCCCCCGCACUACAAGAUGAUGCGCUAAAGACCGGCGAACUCGACUACAUAAAUGGAGCUGCAUUGAUUCGCUACUCGAUAGCAGGGAACUUCCUCGGGUUGCCGGCGAUAACUAUCAUGGUUGGGCAGGAUAAGGCCGGGCUACCCAUCGGGCUUCAAUUCAUUGGCAGGCCGUGGUCUGAAGCAACUCUGCUCCACAUCGCGUUCGCAAUGCAGGAAGCCUGCAGCAAGAACCACAGAAAGCCAGCGGUGUUCUAUGAUCUCCUCAAGAAAGACUGAUGAGAGAGUGACCGAAAGACAAGAAUGCGCAGAUACGUCGACGGCUCAUCGUUUUGAUCAGGUAUCUAAGAAGAAGAAUACUGUAACAUUGAUGUGAAGGAAUCCAGCGACUGAAGGAGGCAGCUUACCUCCAGUUUGACUACCCUGUAACAGCAUUCUUCCCAUUUGGGUUGCGUACAUGAUCUGAAUGAACAGGAAGCAAAAAUAGCUUGAGUUCAGUAGCAGUUAGGCUCAGGAAAUUCAGUUCGAUGUGAGAAGUCAUUGUGAAAUGAUGUGUGCACCGCUUGUGAAAAAAGUUAUAUAGUGUGCAAUCUCGUAUGUAUUGACGGCUUGAGGCCUUUCAUAGCAACAUUUUCUUGGCAAUGGCAUUUUUGCGCACAAA